UCUCCCGCUUACUCUUGCGUGCUUGGCCCCGCUGCGCUGUGGGGGACACGGAGGCAGGAGCGUGGCCUGCCGCCGCCAUGCAGAUCACACUGAAAACGCUGCAGCAGCAGACCUUCCGCAUCGACAUCGACCCCGAGCAGACGUGUGAGCCACGGUGAUUAAUCUGCACCUCCGAGGUGAGGGAGUGCAUGUGAGAUUCCACGAACCGCUUAGCAUGAACGCAGGUGUCUCCUGCAGAGCAGGCAUUUGGGUGAAGGAACUGAAAGAGAAGAUUGAGUCAGAAAGGGGGAAAGAUGCUUUUCCAGUAGCUGGCCAAAAACUGAUUUAUGCAGGUAAAAUCCUGAAUGAUGAUACUGCUCUUAAGGAAUACAAAAUAGAUGAGAAGAACUUUGUGGUUGUUAUGGUGACAAAAGCCAAAGCAGCAACUGGAGCGACUCAGCAGUCAAAUGCUACUACUGCUACUAGCUCAACGACUACAGCUCCCACACCAGUCACUGCACCACUCCCUGAUGCUGCCCCUGUACCAGCUCCUGUUCCUCUACCACCAGCACCAGAUGUAGUUGCCUGUGAAUCAGAACCUGUGAGUGAUCCUAAAGAAGAGAGGCUAGCAGAAGAGCUACCCGAGACACCAGCUGCUGUCAGUCCAUCGUCAACUGACAGUACAACAGGUGAUACAUCUCGAUCAAAUCUUUUUGAGGAUGCUAUAAGUGCACUUGUAACAGGUCAGUCCUAUGAGAAUAUGGUGACUGAGAUCAUGUCAAUGGGCUAUGAACGAGAGCAAGUAAUUGCAGCGCUGCGGGCUAGCUUCAACAAUCCUGACAGAGCAGUGGAAUACCUUUUAAUGGGCAUACCCAGAGAUAAUCAGGCUGCGGCUGAACCCCCUCCUCCAGCAGCAAGCAGUGGUGCCUCUCAGUCUUCAGCAGUGGCAGCAGCUGUAGCAACUAUACCUACAACUACUAGUUCAUUGGGAGGACAUCCACUUGAAUUUUUACGAAAUCAGCCUCAGUUCCAGCAGAUGAGACAGAUUAUUCAGCAAAAUCCUUCUCUGUUACCGGCAUUGCUACAGCAGAUUGGAAGGGAGAACCCUCAACUGCUGCAGCAAAUAAGCCAACACCAGGAACACUUUAUUCAUAUGUUGAAUGAGCCAGUUCUGGAGUCUCGCCAAGGUUUAGCUGGCAGUGAUGAUGGUGCCAGCACUGGAGGACUAGCAGAAGCUGGAAAUGGUCACAUGAACUACAUUCAAGUAACACCUCAGGAAAAAGAAGCUAUAGAAAGGUUAAAGGCAUUAGGAUUUCCUGAAGGACUUGUGAUACAGGCGUAUUUUGCUUGUGAGAAGAAUGAAAACUUGGCUGCCAACUUUCUCCUACAACAGAACUUUGAUGAAGAUUGAGAGACGCUUUCUUGUUUCAUAUCUCACACCAGUGCAUUACACUAAAUUUGCUCACUCGAUUGUCUGGGAUUUUGGGCUUACAUUCAUAAUGCUUGGUGUAUGGUAUAUGGGGAGGGGCAAAGAAGAUAAUAUAGGCAGCAGAACAAAGAAAGCAACAUGUCUGCUUUAAAUUAGCAGAUGCAGAAAAUGAAAAAUAGUAUACAACCAAAAAUCAGCUCCUGCAGACAAUUAGUUCCUUCUCUAAACUGUAGGUUGACUUUUUCUAGGUGUUCAUUCUUACCGUGUACUAGUUCCAGCAAUGUAGUGUAAUGCCCUGCUUCAUGUUCCUUUCUACUUAGUAUUGGUAUGGGAAGUAUCCUGUGCUACUAGGUUCUACAAUCUGUAUUUUGUGGCAACACUGGAUAGCAGCUUUGUGAAAUCUAAAAGAUUGAGCAAAUGUAAACAUGAAUGCCAAAAUAAUGGGUAGUUGUUUUGCUUUUAAGGUCUGUUAAGGCAGUGCAAGAAACACAGUAUUUUGCUUAAUGCUGGAUUAAAGUAAUGUUGGCUUUUUUCCAAAUGAAAACCCAUUUCAAUUUAAAGUGUCUUGAUCAUUGAGAAACACCAUACCCUUCUUUGCCCCUCUUAAAUGAUCUGAGAAGCUAUAUGCAUACAGGUAAAAUUACUAUCCUGUUUACAUCUUUUGUUUUGCAGAAUUACUAUUCACCUCAAUGUUAUGUUGCAGUAAAAGUUUUCAAAACAAGUAAUUGCAUGUUUGGUUUUGUUAUAUGCACUCUUGUGAAUUGAAUAUUCUUUUUUUCUGCCAGCAAACGAAAUGCAAGCUUCAUUUUUGUUCAGCCAGCUUUUAAAAUACAGCUGUAAGCAUAGGAAGAUACUUGCAUUCUGUUGCUCUUGAGUAGGUUGUAAUGCUCAAGCUAUUUCUGUUCAGUAAAGACUUUCUUGGGUUUAGUCACCUUACGAGGAUGACUAGUUCAUUCCUGGAGGUAUCAAGCAAACAGUCAGUCUGUUCCAACCCCAAAAAAAUUUGCAUUCAUUAAUACCUUUCAUUGAAAAUAAGCUCUAGUUACAGAGUUUUGAAUCUUACCUCUUGGUACCUACUUGUCAUGUAUUUUGUUUAGUCAUCAUAAAAUGUAAGAAUAUUCCUUCUAAUACAUUGAAUUUUGGAGACAAUUUUGCCCGUCAUUGCAAUGCUAGCAACAAAAACAAAUUCUAAUUUAAUCUAAAGCUAUUAUCUGCAAUAUUUCUUAAACACUGCUUGGGGAUAUUUUGUGGUUUUACUGUUGUACUCCAGUUGCCUGGAUUACAAAUUUAUCUCUACAGUAACCACGAAAGUAUUAGUGGUACAGCACAGAGAUGUUGUACCACUAAUGAUAUUAACCAUUUAGUGGUAUAACUAAAUAAUUAUUUUCUGCUUAGGUUAUGUAUCAGUGGAUUAACUACUUAACUGCUACUUAUGCUCAAAGUACAAGUCCAAGUGUCUUGAGAAAAGAAAAUGAGAAAUGCUGAAAUGUUUGUAUUUGUUUCUUCAUUGUUGUCUGUAGUCUGUUAAAUAAUUAUCUGCACAAAAUAGUGAAAUGUAUUAAAGCCUUUUACUUUCUCUUUCUAUCCUUA